GUAAUCCAUAUGGCUGUGUGGGUGUGAAUGUUGAUCUGAUUGGUGGUUUGGCUGAUCGCAUGAACGAGGGGGAUUGAAGCCGAAGGCAGUUAAUCAAAAUGCCUGAGGAAAUGGUGGACGGUGGGAGAAAGCUUGUAAUGCUCGACGACCUCAUCGAUGCCCUGGAUAAGCGCGAGAGAGCGCCGAGCAAUGUCCCGAAGGUUGAUACUUUCCACUUCAAGGGAGAACGGGUAUCCGACUGGCUAGACCUGACGGAGCAAGCACUGGUGAGGCUGUCGGACGAGGUCAAGCUCCAGCGAGUCCUAAGAUAUGUCCUUCAUAGCCACCAUCAGGAAGUGGGCAAGGUCGUGGAUGCCGCCAAUGGUAGUUGGGCGAGGUUCAGGGACAUGAUGCAGAGGAAGUACAGGUUGGGGGAUGACUUGCUAACCAUGGCGGAUUUGGAGGCCAUGAACAAGGAUGACUUCUCCACGAUUGGGGCGUUUGUGCACUUUAAAAGGAAGGCGCGGAAGGUGCACGGGAUCUCCGAAGAAACGCAGUGUGCCAUAUUUUUGGGUCUGCUUACUAGCUCGGAGGCCUCGGAGCUGACGGGUCACGGAGGGGGAAAUGAGAAACUCACCUGGACCACUAUCGACAAAGGGGUGGAAGAGGGGAGCCUGGACCAGGUGGAGCAGCACCAGGUGCGGCUGCAAAGGCGCAAGAGAAAGGAAAGGGACGCCACCGCGUCCGGGACCCCAGGGGUGAAGAGGAUCGUCACGGACGUAUUAGCAGCGCUGGGGUAUGAUAAUGAGGUGGAAGCCUCGCAGGCUAGCGUGGCCAGAGGAGGAAACCAAGGACAAGGCGGACAAGGCAAUGGAGGCCGAGGUCAAGGGGGUCGAGGAGGUGGCGGCCGAGGUCGAGGAGGAAAUGGUGGGGGUCGUGGGGGUGGUUGGAAUGGUCAAAGGGCCCAGAACCAAGGUGGCCGGGGCGGCCAGGAAGGGGGCCAAGGGUAUGGGAGCCCCCGCUUUGAUUGGCGAAAUGCCACCUGUUGGCAUUGUGGCGAUGUAGGCCACACUGUGCGGUUCUGCGAGUGGCGGCGGGAGGAUGAAUUGUCAGGGUUAAUCUCCUCCUGUAUGGACGGGGAUAUAUAUGACAAGUGGGGUGAGCAUAUCGACCCCAGGACCCCGGGAGGAAUCAGGCAAGAGGCUCUCAGGCGAGCAGCAGCGGGACCCACAGCACCCCCGACAAUGUUUAGGAUGUGGGAGGAGAAGGAAGAGCCGGCCGUAAGAGUCGAGGAGAUUGUAGGGGACAGUGAGGAGGUCACCCAGCAACUAAAGGCAAGAACUAUCAGGGAGGAGCCAAUAGUUGUCGAAUCGGAUGACGAAGGGCAGGAAGACGAAGGAGAGUUGGCCAUAGUCCUAGGGAGGAUCGAAGAUCAGCUGAAAAAUGUGGGAAGCCAAGAGCCCAGUCAGGCACCCCCUCGAAAGGAGCCUGAGCCAGGACGUAGGAAAGAGGUGGUAGAGGUCCCGGAGGAAGAGGAAGAGGAUGACGACGAAGAGGAUAAGAGGCUCCGACAAGAGGAGGAUCAGCGGGCGGAGCUGAGGGCCAAAAAGAGAGGAGUCCGGGAGGAGGCCGAGCCGAGCCUACCCGACAGCGUACCUAAGAGGAAGAAGUACGUGGUCCGGAUGGAGGAGGGUUUUGAUGUUGAGCGGAUGGUGGACAAGCUCCUGAAAGGCCACAAUGACUUGAUGAACCUGAAGGAUAUCCUGGCGUCGGGGCCAAGGCUCCGUGGGGAGUUGAAAGGGCGACUCUCACGAAGAUUGGUGCCAAAUGUCCAUCUGAGUACGGUCCUGCCCAAGGAGGUGGAGUGGACUGAGGCAGGGACAAGGAUGGAUUGAAAAUGUGUGGCGUGCGGGCAGGUGGAUCUGGUGAUAAAGAACCAGAAGUGCACUGGGAUGGUGGACACAGGCGCAUAAAUGAAUAUCAUCAGGGAGA